GCGGCCGGAGGGGCCCGAGCGGCUGCCGAGCUAGAGCCGGAGCGAGCGGGGCGCGGGCGGCUGCGGUCCCGGUGGCGGCGGGGGAAGAUGGUGGCGCUGGAGGCGGGAGCGGCUGGAGAGCAGCUUUAUUCCCAGGCUUGGCACGGUUGCUGUCACUAGCGCCGCCUGCUCCCGCGGGCCCGCGGACCCAGCUGUCAGGCAAGGUACCAUCGCCAGGGCGGGCUGGCCCCCGUGGAGCAAAAUGAGAGCACAGUGAACCAGCUCAGCCUCUCCCCAGCCAUCCCCCGACGCCCACCAUGAACCACUUGGAGGGCUCCGCGGAGAUGGAGGUGCCGGACGAGGCUCCAGGAGGGGAGGUGAACGAGUCCGUGGAGGCCGACCUAGAGCACCCCGACGUGGAGGAGGAGCAGCAGGCGCCCCCGCAGGCCGCAGGCCGCCACGGUGCGCUCGAUGACCCCCGUGCUCAGCUGGCUCGGCAGCAGCAGCAGGAGGAGGAGGAGCGCGGGGAGAGCCUGGCGCGCUCGGCCAGCACCGAGAGCGGCUUCCACAACCACACGGACACGGCCGAGGGCGACGUGCUCGCCGCGGCCCGCGACGGCGGCGCCUACGAGGCGGAGCGCGCGCACGACCCCGAGGAUGAGAGCGCCUACGCGGUGCAGUACCGGCCGGAGGCCGAGGAGUACACGGAGCAGGCGGAGGCCGAGCACGCCGAGGCGGCGCACCGGCGCGCGCUGCCCAACCACCUGCACUUCCACUCGCUGGAGCACGAGGAGGCCAUGAAUGCGGCCUACUCGGGCUACGUCUACACGCACCGGCUCUUCCACCGCGGCGAGGACGAAGCCUACGCCGAGCCCUACGCUGACUACGGCGGCCUCCAGGAGCACGUGUACGAGGAGAUCGGGGACGCGCCCGAGCUGGAGGCGCGCGACGGCCUGCGGCUCUACGAGCAGGAGCACGAUGAGGCGGCCGCCUACCGCCAAGAGGCCCUGGGCGCGCGCCUGCACCACUACGACGAGCGCUCGGACGGCGAGUCCGACAGCCCCGAGAAAGAGGCCGAGUUCGCGCCCUACCCGCGCAUGGACAGUUACGAGCAGGAAGAGGACAUCGACCAGAUCGUGGCCGAAGUCAAGCAGAGCAUGAGUUCGCAGAGCCUCGACAAGGCGGCCGAAGACAUGCCCGAGGCGGAGCAGGACCUGGAGCGUGCCCCGACCCCAGGAGGAGGACACCCCGACAGCCCCGGGCUGCCAGCACCUGUCGGGCAGCAGAGGGUCAUGGGACCCCCGGGUGGCGGUGAGGCUGGGCAGCGGUACAGUAAGGAGAAGAGAGAUGCCAUCUCGCUGGCCAUCAAGGACAUCAAGGAGGCCAUCGAAGAGGUGAAAACCCGGACCAUCCGUUCGCCUUACACCCCCGACGAACCCAAAGAGCCCAUCUGGGUCAUGCGUCAGGACAUUAGCCCCACGAGGGAUUGUGACGACCAGAGGCCCAUGGACGGAGAUUCUCCUUCUCCUGGCAGUUCCUCACCCCUGGGUGCUGAGUCAUCAAGCAUAGCCCUUCAUCCCGGUGACCCCACGGAAGCCUCCACAAAUAAAGAGUCAAGAAAAAGCUUGGCUUCAUUCCCAACCUACGUUGAAGUUCCUGGACCUUGUGAUCCUGAAGACUUGAUCGAUGGAAUUAUUUUUGCUGCCAAUUACCUUGGCUCCACUCAGCUGCUCUCAGACAAAACUCCCUCCAAGAAUGUACGCAUGAUGCAGGCCCAGGAAGCAGUAAGCCGGAUCAAGCAGACGGCCCAGAAAUUAGCCAAAAGCAGGAAGAAGGCUCCUGAGGGCGAAUCUCAGCCAAUGACUGAGGUGGAUCUCUUCAUUUCUACCCAGAGGAUCAAAGUGUUGAAUGCUGAUACACAGGAGCCUAUGAUGGAUCACCCUCUGAGGACCAUUUCCUACAUCGCAGACAUUGGGAACAUUGUCGUGCUUAUGGCCCGCAGACGGAUGCCUCGCUCCAACUCCCAGGAGAAUGUGGAGGCCUCUCACCCAUCCCAGGAUGGAAAAAGACAGUACAAGAUGAUCUGCCAUGUCUUUGAGUCUGAGGACGCCCAGCUGAUCGCACAGUCCAUAGGACAGGCAUUCAGUGUGGCGUACCAGGAAUUCCUCAGGGCCAAUGGGAUUAACCCAGAAGACCUCAGCCAAAAGGAGUACAGUGACCUGCUAAACACCCAAGACAUGUACAACGAUGACCUGAUCCACUUCUCCAAGUCGGAAAACUGCAAAGAUGUUUUCAUAGAGAAGCAGAAAGGAGAAAUCCUGGGAGUCGUGAUUGUAGAGUCUGGCUGGGGAUCCAUUCUACCGACGGUGAUCAUUGCCAACAUGAUGCAUGGAGGCCCCGCAGAGAAGUCAGGGAAGCUGAACAUCGGGGACCAGAUCAUGUCCAUUAACGGCACCAGCCUGGUGGGGCUGCCUCUGUCCACCUGCCAGAGCAUUAUCAAGGGCUUAAAGAACCAGUCCCAAGUAAAGCUGAACAUUGUGAGGUGCCCUCCAGUGACCACAGUGCUAAUAAGGAGGCCAGACCUUCGCUACCAGCUGGGAUUCAGCGUCCAGAAUGGAAUUAUCUGCAGCCUCAUGAGAGGGGGAAUAGCCGAGAGAGGAGGGGUCCGCGUGGGACAUCGGAUCAUUGAAAUCAACGGUCAGAGUGUGGUAGCCACUCCACAUGAGAAGAUCGUCCACAUCCUCUCCAAUGCUGUUGGGGAGAUCCACAUGAAGACCAUGCCAGCAGCCAUGUACAGACUGCUGACAGCCCAGGAGCAGCCUGUCUACAUCUGAGCCGCACCUCCCUCCGCGGCGGCGGCGGCGGCAUGCAUGGAGGACUCUCCUCACAGUGGUUGUGUUUCUUGUGCUGCUGCAUCACGUGUCCACCGAGACAUUCCCCUCUCGCACCCAGCGUUUGGUCUUAUGCGGGAAGAGAAGAAUCGGCAAAGACCUCUUUGCUCCCUGUCUCUCUCCAGUUUGCUUUUUUUAUGUUCCUUCCUUAGUACCAGGAAAGUUUUGUGUGUCACCUUGAGGGUGGAGGAUGGCUAAUCUCUACCUGGUGUCAUUGUGGAGGGCCUUUGAGGGUCCUGAAGUGGUUGUCACUGCCCAGGGCGGGCAUCAUCCCUGCCCAAGAGGCACAUACUUCCCUGAAGUAGCUCCCAGAGGCAGCCAAGGAGCAGACUGCGCAGUGUCUAAAACUGCUGAUCUCCCGCCCUCCUUGCCAUACCUGGUGGGAAGACAGUGGGGACAGGGACAGCCUGCUGUGGAGUUGGGGCAUCACAUGUUCUUUCUGCCCGGAAUUUCUGAGCCAGUUUUAAAUCUCCUCCACAGUUCCUUUCAGUUUCAGUGUGUGUGCUAACACAGGCCUAACGGCAGAGAAAGGGGGAAGAGACACUCUGGAUAAGGCUGCAAAGUCACGGGGCCUCUGAGGCUUCUGAGAUUGUCCCAAGGUUACCAGUCAGAGGAUAACCACAGACAGGUGUUAUCUUCCUGUGCACUGGAAUGGGCGCUUACUACACGUGUACAACACACACACACACACACACACACACACACACACACCCUGCAGAGUGUCUCGUUUGCUCUCUUCCUGUAUUGAGAUAGGCUGAAAAUCUAGCACACAGCCUGUGGGGAACCCCAGGAUCCCUCUGGAAGAUCCCUUCUCCUAGCAGAAGGUUGACACAUGCAGAAAGCAGCCAGCCUUGUCCUGAGAGAGGCCCUCCUGAUCCCACGGCUCUAAGACUCCCACCCCCCAUGCACACUGGAGGUUCUUGAGGGACAGACUGUGACAUGGGUAACCUAGUGUCAUGCUUCCUGCCCCAGGUAAGCCAGCCUGAGCCCUCUCCCAGCCACUCAGGAGGGUGUGUAUUUCAAAGCUAGAUAGACUAGAUAAGUCACAACAUCAAGCAGACUAAAUGCUUGGUGUUGGGCCUAGGAAUCCCCAAAUGUGCUCCCGAAACAGCAUCUACUGUCUUCUGGGUCUGGGAGUUUGCAGCUGGUGUGGAAGACUUGAUGUCUCCAUUGGGUGCCUCAUGUUCUGAACAACGUCUCAGUCUAGCACGUAUGUUUUCAUAUUAUUCUGAGCCAGUCGCCACUUAUUCUUGGUCCAAAGAGCAGUUUGUUUCCAUGUGGGACACGGCUAGCUUUUGUUUUUGUUUUGUCUCAUUGAUGACCUCAGUAGAGACAGGGAAGAAAAACUAAUAUAUUUUGUAAUAUGAAUAUAGUCCCUGUUCUCUGCAUCUGGGAUAUUUAUGUUAUAGUGUCUGUGGAGAUGGGAGUUCAGGGAGCAGCGAUAGAUAGGGAGGAUGGAUCUACGGAGGGAAGGGUGGGGCCUGGGAGAGGAAGAGAUGGCACUAUAACAAGAUGAGGAACAAGAGGCUUCAGACAGGGAGGAAAACAGUCAACCCUAGGGUCUCUGACCUCAUGAGUUGCCUGGGCAGAAUCAGGAAAGCCCGGUACUUGCAGGGAUCUGCAGGGGAGCCCUCAGUUUUACUCCAGUACAAAAGUUCCAGUGUUGAGAGGCCACCAGCUGUCCCCAUAGCUGCCUGAGAAGUGACAGGGCUGCUGCUGCCAGAGAGCGUGUGGUGUUGGGACCACAGGAGCCAGGCUAUCUGAACUUGUGUGUAAGGGUGGCCAGCAGAAUGCUCCUGGGUGACCAGGCCCAAGAUCAAACCCCAGCAAGUGUGAGGAGCCGAGCUGUGCCCCCACUUUCUUCGCCUCUCCUGAGAUGACUGAUCUGCUGGGUAUCUAAUAUCAUCACACACUGAAAAGUGAGCCCAGCUCUCCUCUGCCAAGAGUGAUGAGAGGACAAAAGAGAUAUCAUUGCUGACAUUUCAGACUCCAGGGUCCUUGGAAAGUCUCUUGAGAGGCUUGUGCUUGUCAGAUCCAGGGAGGCCACCAUGGGAACAUGCCCAAGCACCAGGACAGCAGAGACUGGCCUGGGACUGGUCAGGGACAGGCUCCACAAACAUCACUCCCAGUCUAACCCCCAGAUAAUCACAAUGAAGUGUCUUCAUCCCAGGGAAAGAGGAAAGAGAAAAUUACUUUCCAUUCUUGUUGCACGACAGAAGCUUUAAGAGGGCCUAAAAGCCAAGCUUUUCUUGUGAGCUCUUCUAGAGAAUUAACAGUUGAGCAUGAUUGUAAGAUUACCUAGUCUUUUGUGUUAAUCAGAGUAGUUCCUACCACCCAGAGGGAGAGCUGUUAGAGCUUGGUCCAGGCCCCUGGCUGAAGCCUGCUCUUCCUCAGUUGGCAUCAGACUGAGUGGUUAAACUUGGGGUCAGGUCUCUGCUGGCAUUCUCAUUUACAUAGUUGCACCCCAGUGAUGAGGCCUACUGUGUACUCAGCAGCCUUCCCCAAACUGCAAGGCACAAAGCCACUCUGCCCACUCAGUUGGGACACGAUGGUGACUCAGCUUUGGGGACAGGCCCCCAGAUUCACCAUCCUCCCAGUUCAAUGAGGUUGCACCACAACCCACUCUGCCUCUGCCUUCUCCAGUGGGAACAUUUCAGGGAGCCACCAUCAGCCUUGAGUUCUUGAGAGGAAGAAAGCCCACAGAUCAAUGGGUGGAGCCCACUUCCUGAGAGAUUCCUGAGCGAUUCCUUCCUCCCACACCACCGCAGGCUCCUGGGGGUAGAGCACACAGCAGGCUGCCACCUCCCUGCACAUGGGUUUGCUUCCUGAACAUUUCCUGUCGACAUUGGCCUUCAGGGAGUCCAGAGUAACCUACUACCUCCCCCAUAGCUCCUCCUUCCUCCUGCAGCCCCACCCACACCCAUGCCCCUGCUGCACACUGAUGAAAACCCACCCACAGAGCCCUGCUCGGGUCCCUCCACCCACUGGUGUAGCUGUCACCAAUGUUUACAACCAAGGGCCACCUCUUGCUGAUGUUUUAACUCUCACCUUCACAAGGCUACCUGUUGGUUUACGUUUCACUCCUCCGUCUGCUUCCCUGGUUAGGGUCCACUUGAGCACACAACUCCGAUUUCAUUUUCCCUCCACCAAGGUAGUGUGUGAUGACUGUGUGGGAAUGAAAUCUCUUGUACAUACUUAGCACAGCACCUGGAGUAUGAACUUGCACCCCCAUUCUGUAACGGGGUGCACUAGCGCUUACUGUAAAACAUCGGGAAAAGUACAGUAUUGUAUUUGUAACAAUAUCGUUCUUUGUAUACACGAAACUCAAUGAUCUCUAUAUAUAAAUAUAAAUAUAUAUAAAUAAAAUAUAUCUACACGUGAGCCUGGAAUGUUGACACUGCACACACACUGAAUGUAUUUCCUCUGACAGUCUGGUCACCAGUCCUGGCCCACCCUCCCCUUCUUUGUGCCGUGGCUGCAGUUGUCUGGUUUGGGGUUGUGACGUAUUUAAUGUGCUAUCUCCUUAUUUAACUGAACGCUAACAUCUGUAUAAGAAUUGCUGCAACAAUAAACAAGGACUUCGCCUCUUA